AACAGCCUCGACCCUCCAUCGCUUAGGAGGCGAAGCGACGCAACCCACCCACCUAAACGAAUCGAAUAGAUGGCGUCUCGUCUCGUUGCGGCGGCGGCCUCCUCCUCCUCCGCGCCCCCCCUCGCCCGCCUCAUCUCUCGCCGCCGCCUCGCCGGUGGCGCAGAUCCCCAUGGUCCUGCGAAGGUGAACUUGUGGGAAGAUCCGAUGAGCCCGAGCAAAUGGAAGGAAGAGCACUUUGUGCUAGCCAGCUUAUCUAUGUGGGGUGGUUUAAUUUAUGGUGGGUUCACGUUUUUUGCUGGUGGGAAGAAGGAAAACAAGGGCGAGGCAGUGCCAGCACAGGCAUAGUAGGCUGCACCGAAGUUCUACCUAUUUCUGUGGCCAUGCAACUAUGUGAAAUAAAAAGAAGUGUUACAAUGUGUUUUUGAUGCUGUUGACGAUAACUGUGGCAACUAGAGAUUUUGAUGUUGUAAUAUAGGCAAGAUUUCGAGGAGCUACACUAUCAGCCACCAUGAAUAAUCUUGCAGCAGUGUGGAACUUCAUGUUUGUGAACACUGCAAACCUUGUACCUUUGUUCUUGAUUGAUUAAUUGAUGUUUUAAAAUUAUGUCA